CGUUAUUUAUGUUAAUUUUAAAUUAUGAUUUAGUAUUUACUCUAGUUGUAUUAAUUAUACAUUUUUAAAUAAUAAACAUUAAGUACAUCGUUUUCUUUAAUACAUGCAAUAUUGUACUCGUCUGUUUGGACAUUAUUAUUAAAUAUUUGAUAGUUUAUAAUAAUUUUCACGUAAACACCACAGCUCCACAGCAGUAGUGUGUGCCGUGCAGUUAACUUACUCGUACAUAUUUGUUUCUUCUUCGUUACCGGCAUAUACCUAUAGUCUAUUUCAAGGAUUAUGGAAUCAGGUGAAGCCAAUGAGUUAGUUAACAGUUCAAUGGAUGCACUUAUUGAUUGGAGUACUCCCGAAAUAGUGAAACACAAAACUCAUGAUGAAAAUUGUAUUAAUAACCCAUUUGAUAUACUAGAAUUGCAAGCAGCCAAUAUGGAUCCUUUUGAUUUAGUACCUAAACAAACUCCAAUAAGAAUAGAUCCACCUUGUGGUAACAUAUUGAGUCCUCUGUGGGAAUCAAAAACUAGCAGGAUAAAAAAAAGUAUAUCAUUAACAGAUAUUCAUGGUGUUGCAAAACUUUUGGAACAAAACUACAUAGAGCACAACAAUGAUGAUUUUAUAAAGAAUCAAUCAAUAGAUGAUUAUGCUACAGCAGAAUGUGUUAGCACAUCAAAAAUAGUUGAUCAGACAAUAGAAAAUAAUGUCUCAAGUGAAAAAAAAAUGGAAAAUAAAGAGGUAUCAAUCAAAUUAAAUUUGUUAUCAGAUCAGAAUGAGGUAGAAAUAGAAAAAAAUUCUUAUUGCAACGAACAAGAAAAGAAACAAAUAAGAGAGCAAACGCGGCAACGAAUUGAAAUGCUAAUUGAAAAGGGGAAAAAAAAUUAUGAAGAAAAUUAUUCUAGAAAGUCAUUAUUUUGUACACCACAGCGUUGUAAUACUGAGUCAAAUUUAAAUAAAAAUAUAAAUUCAAGCUUUUUAAAUAGAGGAUUUAUAGGAAGUUUUAAUAUAAAUUCCAAUAGUUUUAAUAAAACACCAGAUAAUAAUAUUGAUAUAAAUGAAAACAUAACGCCAAAUUCUAGUUUGGUAUUUCCAUUCCAAGAACUAACCUCAUUUGAUCUUAAUUCUUUGAAACCUGAAUGGGUGACCGAUAACUUCAGCGAUAGUGACGGGCCUAGUGAUAUUCAAACAGAAAAUUCUGUGACAGAAAUUGAACCGACUAAUAAUAAUAAAGUUGAUGUCAAAUUGAAAACUCUUAAUCGCUUAGGAAUUGUCGAAACAAAAGCAAAUGCAAGUCGAACCGUUGUAAAGUCCAUGCAAAAUAAAAGAACUCAAAACAAAGGUCCGUUUAUGGCCAAUGUCCCUGUUCAACACAUGGUGCAAAAUUAUAAGAAUGAAGAAAUUAAAGAUGUUAGUCAUGGGUCUGUUAGUCCCCGUAAAAUGAAGCCUAUAGCCUCUUCUACACCAUCAACAUCAGAUAUUGUCAACACAUUUAAAACUCCUUCAACUACUGAGUCUUCUAUUAAAUCAAGGAGUAGUUUAUCACGUCGAUCAAUAGCCAAUUCUGUAAGCCCUGGAACACCAUUAAAUGUUACAAAGUGUAUUAAAAAAAAUUCAAAUAAUACUACAGUUGUUUUAUUCAAUAAAGUUAAUGAAAGAAAUACUGAGAUAUUGCGAUCAUUUAAAUUAAACAAAUCAAAAUCUGAAAGUAAAAUUGGGAUACCUAAACCUAAUGUAAUGAAUACAACUAAAAUAAGUGGCUUGCCAGUAUCGAAACGGUUUACAAUGUCGUUCAAAGGGAAAGAAAAUGUACAACCUCAGUGAAUUAGUAUCGUAGUCAUUUUAAUGUCAUAUGUGUGAUUUUUACAUUAAAUAUUUUUAAGUCA